UUUCACUUAGAAAAAGAGAGCUGAAACGAUGGAUCGGCAGCAAAGGGAAGUUUCACUUCAGGCAGAAGCUCAGGAGUUGACAAUUGCAACUGAAGCUGAAGCAUCUGAAGAAGCGAUGGAUUCAAAGCCUGUCACCAUCUCGCAACUGUUGGGAACUUACGUGCGCCGGCAUCAUGAGUAUAUGGACCUCAGAAUUAAACAGCUUAAUUGUGAAGAGGUUCCUGCUGAGGAGAAAGAGAAAGGGACGAUGGCCAUGGAGAAAAUGAGAGUAACUGUGAAUGAGACCGUAAGAGGAUUUUUAGAAGAUUAUAAAGACGACAAGAAGAAAGUUGAGACUAUGGAAAAGAUAAAGGAUGGGAUAAGGAAGAUGGACAAACUUAUCGAAGAUGCUGCUAAGAUCUUGAUGUACUUGAUCUAACCUUUUUAUUAUUGGCUUGAUUCAUGUCAAUUGCUCUGUUCCAACUAUCUUUUCAGGGAUUUUGUUUGUUUAUAAGACUUGCUCAAUAAGAAGAAGAGAGAU